UUCUUAUUCUACUUUCCCAUUCAAAACUUUUGUUAUUCGGUACCUCAGAUUUUUUUGAGCAUUGAAAAAAAUAAGGAAGAAAUGUCUGUUGUUAUUGAAACCACUAUAGGGGAUAUUACAGUGGAUCUUUUUACAGAAGAGCGACCGAUUUCGUGUUUAAAUUUUAUUAAGCUAUGUAAAAUUAAAUACUACAAUUAUAAUCUUUUUCACACUAUUGAACGCGGUUUUAUUGCACAGACUGGUGAUCCUACUGGAGUGGGAAAUGGCGGAAGUUCUAUUUGGGGCGAGAUAGAUGGGCCUGGAAAACGAUUUUUCGAAGCUGAAAACUUGCCGAAAAUUUAUCAUGCAUCGGCUGGUCUUUUAUCACUGGUAUCCGCCGGAAAAAACUUAAUAGGAUCGCAAUUCUUUUUCACCUUGGCACCAAAUCUAUCCUCAUUGGAUGGUAUACAUUGUGUAAUUGGCGAAGUUGUGGAAGGCCAUGAGGUUCUUCGUAAAAUAAACGAAGCGAUCGUCGAUGAAAACUUUCGCCCUUUCCAGGACAUUCGCAUAACGCAUACCGUAAUAUUAGAAGAUCCAUUUCCAGAUCCACGUAACUUUUUAAUGCCAAGUCGUUCACCAUCUCCAACACCACAACGCCUACAAAAUGGACGCAUUGCCGCCGAUGAAGACAUUGAUGACACAGAUGGGAAAACUACCGCAGAAUUACAGGAAAUGCUCGCUGAACGUGAAGCAAAAGCUCGUGCAACUAUUCUUGAGAUUGUUGGCGAUUUGCCAGAUGCAGAAAUGGCACCACCUGAAAAUGUGCUCUUUGUUUGUAAAUUAAAUCCAGUCACAACCGACGAUGACUUAGAGAUUAUAUUUAGCCGCUUUGGCAAAGUAAAAACUUGUGAAGUAAUUCGGGAUAGAAAAACUGGCGACUCCCUUCAAUAUGCAUUUGUAGAGUUCGAGGAUCAGAAAGCGUGUGAAGCUGCUUAUUUUAAAAUGGAUAACGUAUUAAUUGAUGACCGCCGUAUACAUGUAGACUUCUCACAGUCAGUUGCCAAAGUGAAAUGGCGAGGGAAGGGUCGAGGAGUUGAAGGCUCUUUAAAAAAUAAUGAAUUUGAUAACUUACGCGAACCGCGAAAAACGCUCAGAAAGGAGGAUGGCAAAAGAAAUGAAAACGACCGAGAAAAAUAUAAACAGGUAAGUUCAUCCGAUCGGAAACUUGCACGUGAAGAACGUCACCGUGAGCAAAUCAAAAGGGACCGGGAAAAUAGUAAAAAGCUGUACCGCUCACAUAAUGAAGAAGAGCAUUACAGAAAAUAUAGAUAUGAUGACAGGAAUGAAAGAGAACGAAGGCGGUCACGGGAACGUUAUAGACGAUCUCUUAGUCGUAAUGAAUAUCGCUCAAGGAGGAAUUCACCCGAAAAAGAAAAACACAGAAAAUAUGUCGAAUCGAGAGAAAGGUCAAACAACGUAAGAGGAAGUACUAAGCAUCGAGAUGACAACGACAAUAAAAGUAGUGUAAGUCAGCAUGAUAAAAAACGGCAAACAACAAAUAGAAGCAGGAACAAUGACUCCGGAACAAAACUAAAACGUAGCAGACAAUAUAGCUCGCCGACAAGUGAAAGCGACAGCUCCAGCGUAUCAACAAGUGAUUCAUCUAGUGAAACCACUAGUAGUGACGAGUCCAGUGAUAGUAGUAAAAAGUCAAGGCGACAAAAACGAAGCACUAAAGGAAAAAAGAAAAAAUCUGUAGGCAAAUUCCAUAAGAGAGCCCACAAAAAGAAAUAAAAUGCUUUUAUUGCACUUUUUGACUUUAAAUGAGAUAAA